CUCUAGCCCGUGUUGGCUCGGGCGGUCUCUGGGGCGUGCGCGGCGCGCGGCACCCGUGCAGCGCUGGCGGCGGCAGCGUGGCCGCCGCAGUGCGCGGCGACCGCGCGAGGCGGCGCGGUGGGAGCGCCGGGCGCCCCCGCGCGCCUGCGCGCAGGGGUGCGCAGGCCGCGCCCGGCCGCGGCGG